UCACACGUUCCGUUGAGAAGAGUAGGAUAGUGAAACUAUUCUCGAUACUCUAUUACGCUUUAUCGUCUCUCAACCCAACGCAAGCCAACAACUAGUUAGAUUAGAGGGAAGCUUUUGUAUUCUACUUGCAACUCUCUCUCUGCAUCGCUUUAUUGUUCCGAUUAGGGCACCCAAACUCGCUCGUUGAGUCGCAACCUUAUCGCUCAUCUCUGUUCUUCAGGUUUCUCGGAGGCGCUUGAUUCCGUGGUUCCGCACUUUUAUAGUGUGGUAUAUCAUUUUCACUUCAAAUUCUAAACGGAAUGGGAACUGUGAAAUUCGACGGUUGAUCAAUUUAUGUGGAAAUGCUUUAAUUUGUGGUUGAUUGCUAGGGAGCAGUACAGGAAAUUCUGUUGAAUUUGGUUGUUCAUUGGUUUAGGAGAGGAACUUUAUAUUGUUCACACAUCUGUUGCUGAAUAAAAAAGGGACGGGUGUUUUUCAGCACAGUGAUGCCUUUUGGCUUGACGUUCUGAAAUCCAUGCAAUGUCGAGCUUACUUAAUCUACGUAGACUCAUUCAAUGUUGUAAAUAGCCUGGCAUUUUUCAACACCUCUGUCUUAGGCAACUUGUGAAGGGAGGCCAACUACAAUGGUGUUAUAGGCCGGAAUGGUGUUUUUAUAUGUUGGAAUUUUGGCCUUCUGUAUUAUCUGUCAUCUGCCUUUGAUAACCUCGGACUCAUUAUAUUCAUACUUAUACUUUUUAUAAUGAGUGCUAGCCAUUUUGUGUGUGCAAUUUAUUGGCAGUUUCCACUUUAUGUAUGGUUAGCAUAUAGUUGACUGCUGUGAACAUCUAUUAAAAGUCUUCCCUGAACGGAUCUGCUUCAAAUCUUCCAGAUGGUGCUGCUGGACGUUCCUUUGCUACGUCUUUUUCUGGUCAGUCUGGUGUAGCCUCGCCAGUUUUUCAUCACUCUGGUUCUAUUCAGGGAUUGCACAACAUUCAUGGGAGCUAUAAUGUACCCAAUAUGCCUAGUUCACUUACAUCAAGAAACUCAACGUUAAAUAGUUUACCAACUGGGGGAGGAGUUCAACAACCUUCAGCAAGCCUUUCAAGUGGACGAUUUGCAUCAAAUAAUCUACCCGUUGCUCUGUCACAGCUAUCUCAUGGAAGUUCCCAUGGACAUUCAGGAGUCAACAGUAGAGGAGGUAUAAGUGUUAUAGGAAAUCCUGGAUUUAAUAGUAGCACAAAUGGAGUUGCUGGUCCUAUUCCUGGGAUUCUUCCAACUUCUGCUGCAAUUGGUAACCGAAAUGCUGUUCCAGGAUUGGGAGUAUCCCCAAUUUUGGGAAAUGCAGGUCCUCGAAUCACUAGUUCGAUGGGAAACAUGGUUGGUGGGGGGAACAUUGGGAGGAUAAGCUCUGGAGGAUUGUCUGUUCCUGGCCUCGCUUCUCGUAUAAAUUUAGGUGGAAAUGCUGGAUCUGGUGGUUUAGGUGUGCAAGGACAGAAUCGAUUGAUAAGUACUGUUCUUCCACAAGGAUCUCCACAGGUAAUUUCAAUGCUAGGAAAUUCCUAUCCUAGUGCUGGAGGUCCACUUUCUCAAAGUCAUGUUCAAACAGUAAAUAACUUGAACUCUAUGGUGAUGCUGAAUGAUGUGAAUUCCGGUGACAGUUCACCAUUUGAUAUCAAUGACUUCCCUCAACUGACCACUCAUCCUAGUUCUGCUGGUGGGCCUCAAGGACAGUUGGGUUCUUUACGAAAACAGGGUAUUGGAGUUAGUCCCAUUGUCCAACAAAACCAAGAGUUUAGUAUUCAAAAGGAAGACUUCCCAGCUUUACCAGGAUUCAAAGAUUACAAGAACGAAAGCCUUAUUUCACUAGGUGGUAAUGCCGAUUUUGCUAUGGAUAUGUACCAGAAAGAACAACUUCAUGAUAACACCGUGUCAAUGAUGCAAUCUCAGCAUUUCUCUCAGAUGGGGCGAUCUUCUGGUUUCAGUUUGGGGGGAUCAUAUCCAUCACAUCGCACACAGCAGCAUACCCCUUCAGUCAGUAGUAACGGUGUCUCCUUUUCAUCUGUAAACAGUCAAGACCUCCAUUUGCAUGGAACAGAUAUGUUUCCUUCUUCACAUUCAACUUAUCAUUCCCAGACCAGUGGACCUCCUGGCAUUGGACUAAGGCCUUUAAAUUCUCCAAAUACGGGUAUGGGUUCAUAUGACCAGCUUAUUCAGCAGUAUCAACAGCAGCAGAACCAGUCGCAAUUCCGCCUUCAGCAAAUGUCAGCUGCAAAUCAGUCUCUUAGGGAUCAGGGCAUGAAGUCCAUGCAAAGUGCGCAAUCUAGUCCAGAUCCAUUUGGUGCCCUUGGCUUGUUCAGUGUAGUCCAUAUAAGUGAUCCUGACCUGAAAUAUCUUGCUCAUGGGAUUGAUCUGACAACGCUUGGGUUGAAUUUGAAUUCAUCAGAAAAUCUUUACAAGACUUUUCGAUCACCAUGGUCUGAUGAACCGGCCAAGGGUGAUCCAGAGUUCAGUGUGCUACAAUGUUAUUAUGCUAAACAGCCGCCUGCUCUACAUCAAGGUUAUUUUUUGAAGUUUUCGGUGGAAACUUUGUUUUACAUAUUUUACAGCAUGCCCAAGGAUGAAGCACAACUAUAUGCAGCAAAUGAACUUUACAAACGAGGUUGGUUUUAUCAUAAAGAACACCGUUUUUGGUUUAUAAGAGUUGCCAACAUGGAGCCGCUUGUCAAAACAAAUACAUACGAGAGAGGAUCUUACCAUUGUUUUGAUCCAAAUACCUUUGAAACAGUCCGGAAGGAUAAUUUUGUUCUUCAUUAUGAAUUGGUGGAAAAGCGACCGUCUUUACCUCAACGUUAAGGGGGAAAAAGAAAACCUUCAAUCCAUAAUACAGUUAAAAUAAUGGACGUUAGGAUAACCUGGCUGUCUGAAAGUAGCAGAUAUGGAUGACCCAAUGCACAGAGAAAUACACCCCAGAUAGAUUGGAUGCGGUGUUAUUAGUUCUUUACAGCAUACAUGAAAGUUCAACUCUGGAAGGGGAGUUCUUUUUAAAGAUAAAAGUAAAAAGCAUUAGUUUUGUUAAAAUUUAUCCUCCCUAUUUAUGAUUAAUACGCUUUACCUUUCAUUCUAAGGUGAACUAUUCACUUUAAGAGAAACACUGGGAAUAUAAUCUGUUACUCUUUCAAAUAGUCUACAGUGUUGUUGAAUUAUAUUGAAUCUCAUGAAGGUCUCACUUUGUAGAAGUGUCUCGUGGUUUUUUAAUUUGUAGUAUAUUUUUCAAUUGUAGUGCAUGGGAAAGAAUUUAUUAACGGCUGUACUAGCAUCAAGAGAUUAAAUAAUAGUGAAAAGAACAAAGCUAAACACUCAACAAA